GGGUUCUCUGGGCUAAGUGGAAAGGAGCAAGUAAAUAGGUCGAUUACCCUUCUGCAGCAAACAGACUUUCUUAGGUCCCCGCCUUAAGAUUAAUAAGAGGAUGAAAUGACUGAUACGGCCUGUCACCCAGAGGCAGGGAGGCAAACUCUUGAGUCAGCAGCCAUUGAAGACUACUAGGCACAAGUAACCUGGGAUGUCUUACCUGUCUCUCAGCAAACCAAACUCCUUAAGACUCCCUAUCCCAGGCUCUUUUUCCCCAUCAGGUCCAAGAGGUUUCCUAGACAAAAACAUCUCUGGGUCUCCGAACUUUUAAAAAAAUAUUUUUCUGGAGAACGGCCUAUGACGUCAACUCCCCACCCCGCUCUGCCGCCAACGCCCAGAAACACACGUCAAAGGAGUCCGCCAUCUUCCCUGAGGCAGCAUUGCGCAUGCGCUCCCGAUUGCCGGGCAAAGAGCUAUUUUUAAGCCCUCUCGGCACCCUUACGUUGCGGGGCCCCUCAGUGACGGUUUGCGCGACGUCCGGCUCUGGCCGGAAGCUGGAAAAGGAGGAGUAAGUGUUACCAGAUACCAGGGCUUUUAACUUUAGAGGUGUAUCCUGUACUUUACUUUAUUGGGGACUCUGAAUCCAGUCUAAGUUCUUCAGCUUAAUCAGACACUAUGGAGGCACCUCCCGUCACCAUGAUGCCUGUCACUGGUGGUACCAUUAACAUGAUGGAAUACCUGCUGCAGGGAAGUGUUUUAGAUCACAGCUUGGAAAGCCUCACGCAUCGCCUUCGUGGCUUGUGUGACAACAUGGAACUCGAGACUUUCUCUGAUCACGAGAUGGUAUUCCUCCUUAAAGGCCAGCAGGCCAGUCCCUUUGUUCUAAGGGCCCGGCGCUCUGUGGAUAGGGCCGGAGCACCGUGGCACCUGCGCUACCUGGGACAGCCUGAGGUGGGAGACAAGAACCGCCAUGCGCUGGUGCGAAACUGCGUGGACAUUGCAACAUCUGAGAACCUCACCGACUUCCUGAUGGAAAUGGGCUUCCGCAUGGACCAUGAGUUCGUCGCCAAGGGACAAUUGUUCCGUAAGGGCCCCAUGAAGAUUAUGGUGUACAAGAUCUACCGUAUUCUGGUGCCAGGGAACACAGAGAGCAUUGAGGCCUUGUCACUCUCCUACCUUGUGGAACUAAGUGUUGUUGCACCGGCUGGGCAGGACAUGGUCUCUGAUGACAUGAGGAACUUUGCAGAGCAGCUGAAACCUCUAGUUCACCUAGAAAAAAUAGACCCCAAACGGCUCAUGUGACCGAGAUAAUCUGUCACUGUUGGGACUUGUCUUCACCUGUUACAAAGAAGACGUUAUAAAUGCCCCAUUUCACCACUGCCAGCUGGGCUUGCUUUCCUUAGGAAGGAGGACAGUAAAAACUUAAUUGGUUCUUUUCUCUUUUCCUCAUGUGGCAAGUUCACUUUUGUGACAGCCUUUCUAAAUUAAAGACUCAGGAAAACGGAGAAUCUACUUAAUCCUUCUGCACAAAAAGGGGAAAUAGGGAUAAAUGAGCUUCUAGAAAGAAAAAUCUCUUAAUUGUUUUGCCAUUUGUGUAUAAGGUUUAUGAAAUAAGGAGCUCAUAUUGUGUGGUAAUAAAGGCUAUGAAGGGAAAUGUCUAUUUCUGACACUACCCCAUUACUCUGCUAAUUUGGGAUGGAUUCAUUACCAAUUAGAACAAAAAAAAAGUGACAGGUUUUAGUUUGGAUUUUGGUAGAGAUGGUAGUUUUUACCUCAUAAAAAUAGCAUGUGUUUGUUGUUGGAAAUUUAAAUACAAAAGAAAAAUAACCUGUAAUCCUAUUAUUCAAAGAAAUGUACUAUUUCUACUUUGUUAUGUAUCCUCCUGGUUUUCAUUUUUGUAAAUCUGUGUAUAUGAUCUAUACUUAUUUCAUAACAAA